AUGGCUGGCCAACUGAAAUUGAACAAACUCAUCUAUGAUGCCGUCAUAAAGCUGUGCUGUGAGCAGUUAGAUUCGGAGCAUAGUAGCCGCCUUGAAAUUGAUGGUAUCAUCUGUAUUGCUACUGAGGAACCCGACAAUCAGAUUGUUGUAAAGAUCCAUGAGAAACUUAGAAACGUCAGCAUUAGUAGCACAUCAAAGAACAAUUGUCCAAAGUCAUCAGUCCACUCUGUAAGACAUGAUGACCACUUCAAUCACUGCCAGGCUCAGUCUAGCCAGGAGAAUGGGCAUGAUCCAAGCUAUGCAAUGAGCAAUGGCAUUGAUGGAUCUGUUUCCUCAAAUGCCAACCAACGUGAACUUUCCUAUGGAAAUGAAUCUGCUCAAGAAAUCUCUUCCGUCCUUGACAUCCCUGGGGUUAAGGAUGAAAGCUGCCGCAUUGUUGCAGAGAACAACUUACAUUUGCAGAAUUCUUAUGGAGCAACUGCUUUCCCUGACACCAUCGAGUCUGAAAGUAGAAUGCGACUCCAAAGUGAGACAUCAAUGAGACUUCAAAGUAGCAGCUCUCAGUUUUCAUCAGGAUCUGCAAUAAUGCCCAGCUUUCAUUCAGCUCAUGCUGCCUCAGCAGCAUCCGCAUCGGGUCAGGGUUCAAUCUUGGGAAAGUUACUAACUAGUUCAAAACGGAACAAAAUCCGUUCCUCCGUUUUGCAAUCGCAGAGAGGACGAUUUACAAAAUGCAUGAUGUGUAGUGCUAUGUUCCGGAGCCAUAGCCACCUACGCAAUCACUUACGUUCAGGAUUUUGUGGGAAACAGCAGAUCCAAUCUGAAGCUAGUCGGGUUAUGAAUGUUUUUGCAAGUCAUCAUGAAACCACAGAGAAUAUGCAGAUGAAAAACUCCACGCAGAAUGAAACUGCUUUGUCCUCCGUCUCAGAGACUUCACUAAGAGCAGAUGGUUCUGCUGCCUCAAAUGACAUGUCCUCUGAACAACAAAGCCCAGAUUUUGAAGUUGUUGUCAAGCCAGAGCCACCAGAUAAUGGCUAUGAAAAUAGCCAAAACAUGAACGGUCAAUCCGACAUGAAUUUAGAAGGUGUUGAUUUAAGUCAGCAUGCUGAUAGUUUGCCAAAUAGCUCACCUAUUCAGCAGAGCCAGUCUUCUUCUGUCCUUACUUUCCCCCCAUUAGACUCAACCUCUCCAAAUUUCCAAGUACAGUCCAGUGGUACUGUAAAGUCAACAUACGAGGUAACCCUUCAGCGAGCUGCUUCUAAGUUUUCUAUGUCAUCACAGCUGUUUGGCUCUGCAUUGUCUCGGAAAGUCAGAGCAUCAGCCAGUCAGCAUAAUCGCAACCAAAUUAGCCAAAAACCAAAUUUCAACGAAAGAGGGCACUUUCAGUGCAGUUUCUGUGCAUUCGAAGUUCAGAACUGGGGCAUCUUCGAAGCUCAUAGCCAGCGUGAGCAUAACCGGUCAUUGUGUAAAGUGUGUGGUGCAGCAUUUACAUUUCGAACAAAUAAAAAUCGGCAUGAAAAGACUUGUGCAGGCCUUGUUCUAUUUACGUGUGAAAUUUGUGGCAAGAACUGCAAGCGAUCAGAUGCACUUCGAUUGCACAAAAUUAAGGCCCACCCUUGGCGAUUUGAGUUCACCACAUAA